CAACAUCGUAGAGUCAACAUCGUCGUCAGUUUCUUGUAUACUUUCUUUGUCACGAGAUAUUUUGAAAAUAUUCUUUAACUCUUGAUUUUUAUUUAUUCGCCAUUGACUCGCCGACUUUCACAAUUAUCUGCCAUUCUCCCGUCAUUCAUCCAUCUCUUUUUCAUACAUCAGUCAACUACCUGGGUCACACCCGGGUACGACACCCUACCAACACCAACACGACCACCACCAUCUCAACCCACCAAACCUUUCACAGAAUCAACAACCACACAACGAACCAAGCCUUCAAAAUGCCUCCAGAACAGCCCACCACCCCAACAAUAACCACCCGCCUCCUCUCCCUCACCGGCCUCCCCUCCCUCCUCUCCACCCCCCGCGACGCCCUCCUAAUAAUCCUCAACCGCACAACCCGCAUGCUCUCCUACGGCGCCUCCUCCCUCAUCCUCGCCCUCUUCUUCUCCUCCUUGCACUUUUCCGACACCCAAAUCGGCCUCUUCAUGACCCUCACCCUCGUAGGCGACGUCCUCCUCUCCCUCCUCCUCACGCUCAUCGCCGACCGCUUAGGCCGCCGACGCACCCUGCUCAUCGGCGCAACCAUGAUGAUUUGCUCCGGCACCGUGUUUGCCACAUGCGAAAAUUACUUUGUGUUGCUAGCGGCGGCGGUGGUGGGGGUGAUUAGUGCGACGGGAAGCGACUUUGGGCCGUUUAGGGCUAUUGAAGAGAGUAUGGUAUCUGAGUUGACGGAAGCGGAAACGAGGGCGGAGGUGUUGGGGUGGUAUGUUGCUAUGAGUAGUGCGGGGAGUUGUGCGGGGACGGCGGUUGCCGGACGGGUGGUGCAGUGGUUGGUUGAACACAGAAAGUGGGAGGGGAGGGAGGCGUAUCAUGCGGUGUUUUGGGGGUAUGUGGUUAUGGGUGUUGUUAAUGUUGCGGGGGUUUGGGGGAUGACGGAGCGGUGCGAGUUGGGAGGGGGCAAGGGAAAGGGAAAGGGAAAGGGGGUGCAGGUGCAGGUGCAGGUGUUGGAGCCGGAGACGGAUGCGACGAGGGAGACGGAGCCGUUGUUGGCGGCAGCGGGGCCGUCGGCCGCUGUGGGAAGGGAAGAGAGGGGAGAGAGGGAAGAAGAAGAAGAAGAACCAAAGAAAAAGGAAAAAGGAUGGUUCAAGGUGGAGAUUUCCCGGUCGACACUUUCCGUCAUGCUCAUUCUUUGGGCGCUGCUCAUGGUCGACAACCUCGCGGAUGGUAUGGUCUCCAUGUCUUGGACGACGUACUACAUGGACCAAAAGUUCCAUUUACCCAAGUCGAUGCUGGGCGACUUCCUGUCUGUCGCUUACUUCCUUGCUGCUCUGUCGUCCGUCUUUGCGGGACCAAUGGCUCGACACAUUGGCCUGGUCAACACCAUGGUGUUCACGCACAUUCCAUCCUCGGCCGCGGUGCUCUUCUUCCCUCUGCCCAAGAGCGUCACGGCGACUUUUGCCUUGCUGUUGGUCAGAGUCGGGCUGAACAACAUGGACCAGGCGCCAAGGGCGGCGCUGAUUGCCGCGGUGGUCAAGCCUGAAGAGAGGACGGCGGUCAUGGGCAUCACGGGGACUUUGAGGACCCUCGCGUCGACUAUGGGACCGAGUGUCACGGGCGUGUUGGCGGACGGAGGAAGGUUUUGGGUGGCGUUUGUGGUGGCAGGUGCGCUGAGGUUGACGUAUGAUUUGGGGAUUUUUACCAUGUUUAUCAAUAUCAAGUUGAACAGGCAUGAAGAGGGGGAGCAGCAGGUGGCAAGGAGGGAGGGGGACGAGGAGGAGGUUGAGCGGAGGAGGGAGUGA